AUGGCUGGAAGAAACAAUAUUGCGAUUGUUGUUUCCUUGGAAGCUAUGGCUCAGGCUAUGCAGAAUCAGUCUAAUGCUGGUGCGAAUGGUGAAUCCCACAGUUUGGCAACUUUCCAGAGGGAGAAUCCUCCUACCUUCAAGGGCAAGUAUGAUCCCGAAGGGGUACUAGCCUGGCUCAAGGAAAUGGAAAGGAUUUUCCAAGUGAUGCCUGAAGAUGUCUGUGGGAAGAAAGAAAUUGAAUUUCUCGAACUGAAGCAUGGAAAUUUUUUGGUUACGGAGUAUGCUGCUAGGUUCGUGGAACUGGCAAAGUUAUAUCCUCAUUAUAACGAGGAAACUGAUGAGUUUUCCAAGUGUAUCAAAUUUGAGAGUGGGUUACGCCCAGAGAUCAAGAAGGCAAUUGGAUAUCAAAAGAUUCGUAAUUUUCCGGAUUUGGUAGAUAGUUGCAGAAUUUAUGAGGAGGACAAAAUGGCUGCCGAGGACAUCCGCUAUGACUGCUACGCUGAUCACCGUGAUACGGUUCCGUGGGAUGAAAUUGCACUAUAUUUUGGAUGGAUGGCAUGCAGUUGGACCAACAAUGUUUGCUAUCUUCCGGAGCACGUCAUGCAGCAGUUCGGGUACUAUUAG